GACAUUCCAAACCGCGGACUGCACCAACGAACGAAGGGAAGAAGCCCACCAGGUCGGUUAGUAUUGCACAGCGCUUCGUCGGCUUCGAGUCAGGUUUUCCGCUGCUCCUCCUAUCGACGAAUAAUUCACCGCAAACGAACCAUAAUCUGAGCUGAGCUGGGAAAUAUGAUUCCCUUGAUCCACAUCGUAGUGUUCUCGGCGAUCGCUUUCAUCGGUUUCAAGUUGCUAAGAUUAUUCAUCGAGGGAGGCCAGUUUCGGAAACAAACACGUUGCGAUGCUAAGGUGAUUGUGAUUACCGGUGCCAACACGGGGAUCGGCAAGGAAACCGCCAAGGAGCUGCUGAAGCGUGGUGGAAAAGUGUACAUCGCUUGCCGUUCGCUGGACAAGGCGAACCAGGCCCGGGAGGAACUGAUGGCCGAAACGGGGAAGACCGACAUUCACGUGCGGCAGUUGGAUCUUUCCUCGUUGGAGUCAGUGAGGACGUUUGCCAAGGGAUUCCUGGCAGAGGAACAACGGUUGGACAUUCUGAUCAACAACGCCGGAGUGAUGGCCUGUCCGAAGGCUCUGACCAAGGAUGGGUUUGAGCAGCAGCUGGGAGUCAAUCAUUUGGGGCACUUUCUGCUGACGAAUUUGCUGCUGGACCGACUGAAGGCGUCGGCCCCGUCGAGGGUUGUGAAUCUAUCGAGCCUGGCGCAUCGGUACGGAACGAUUAACAGACGUGAUUUGAAUAGCGAACAGUCGUACAAUCAGGUUAGCGCGUACUGCCAGAGCAAGUUGGCCAAUGUGCUCUUUACGCGGGAGUUGGCCAAACGGCUGGAGGGAACCGGAGUGACAACGUACGCGGUCCAUCCAGGAACCGUCGACACCGAGCUUCCAAGACACAUGGGUACCUUCUUCUUCCUCUUCGAACAUAACCUCGUAAAACCGAUUCUUCGCUUCGUAUUCAAAACACCACAAUCAGGAGCUCAAACCAGCCUGUACGCCGCACUGGACGAAGAUUUGGCCAACGAGAGUGGAAAGUACUACGCAGAUUGCCGUGCACAAAAGCCAAGCAAAAAGGGCUGCGACAACGAAACCGCCCAUUGGCUAUGGGACGUAAGCGAAAAGAUGGUAGGCCUAUCGGAGAAGACAUUGUGAUAAGAAUAAA